UUUAAAAGGAUUAAAAUUCAUCGAUCAUUUUUUCAGAAAUCCAAAAUGGAGGGAUGUUUUCCAAAGAUGAUGAAGUUUCUUCUCUUUACGACAAAUUUUAUUGUUUUUAUAUUGGGUUUGGUAACACUAGGGUUCGGGUGCUGGAUUCUCGUGGAUAAACCUUCCUUCCUCAACCUUUUCACAGAUGCUGAAAGUAUUCUGGCUGAAAAUGAUAUUGAAGUGGCUGGGUUUGAUCUGGGGAUCUAUGCCGGGGCCCCCAUCCUUCUCAUCAUCAUCGCUAUCCUCGUUGUUGUCAUUUCAUUCUUCGGCUGCUGCGGGGCAUUCAAGGAGAACAGGUGUAUGCUGACUACCUACUUCGUUCUCAUUCUUGCAAUUUUUAUCGGAGGCAUUGUCGGAGCUGUUCUCAUUUUCCAGGGUACAUUGGAUACUCAGAUUAAAGAUCCUCUUCUAAACUCUAUCAAGUACUACAAUGAUGAAGCUAAGGACGAUACGAGCGAACUUGCAUUUAAAAAAGUGUGGAACGAAGUACAGAAGGAGCUGAGAUGCUGCGGAGUAAACAAUGCUACAGACUGGAACUCUGCACUAACUCCUAACUGGGAAGCUGGAAAUAAACCUGUUGGCUGUUGCUUUUACUCACGAAAUAAAGACGCAGAAAAUACAGCAGAAGAAAUAAAAGUGUGUAGGGAGGCGCCUUAUAACGAGAAUGACAAAUAUUACUUUCAGGGUUGCUACACUGUUAUUGAAAAUGAAAUUACAGGACAACAAAACAAGAUUUUCGGGGCAGCUAUGGGGACCAUUGCUGUUAUGUUCUUGAACAUGCUGUUUUCCUUUGCCCUUUGCGCUAUGGUGGAUUAAGGAUUGAAGAAGAAAGCUCUUCCUGGGGCGUACACAAGGUUGCCGAUCUUUAAACCCCCCUUUAAUAACUUCUUUUUCAUACCAUUCUACAAAUGAUUCAGACUGAUUCCAAAAACUUAACAUUUUUUGGUCCAAAUAUUUUUUUGGCCAAAAUUCUUCUAAUCCCAGAUUUCCUUGUACGCCCCUAACAGAUAAUCAGCUGUAACCCAACUAUCAGCGAAUAUUUUAUCAGAUUUGAAUCAUAAACGGCUGAUUUAUUAUCAUCCAGUUAAUUUAAAACAAUAUUUACCAAUAUAAUUAUAAAAAAAAUAGAAAUUAACUUAAAUAUUUGAAUUAGGCAACAUUUUCUUAUCUUUUUUUUUCAUAAAUCAAAUCCUUUGCAGUUUUAUCUUUAACCAAAGCAGGAAUUUCUUACCUUUUAUAUAUUCAUACUUAUACAAAUACAUUCCUCAGUUGUUUGAUCAAUAUAAAGAUAACACACUGUAAAAAAUGUCAAAUUUUCAUCAACUAUUUGUUAGAGCACAGAGCCAAAUUCAACUAUAUGUAGUAUUAUUCUUAAAAUUUUGUUAGAUGAAAUUUAUUAUUCAUCAACAUUUGAAGAAUCAAGAUUGAAAAUUUGACAUUUCUUAAAGUGCAAUGACUGAAUUUAAUUGAUUUGAGCUGAGUCGGUGAACUUGUACCUAUUCUUUAUCACCGAUUUAAAGUUAAAAAAAGAUUCACGAGGAUUUGAAUCAGUGAUUCAGGAUGUUAACCGGCGUUAGGUAGUUCAGUGGCCUCUCUCCAAUUUAAUAAAUUCGUUUUAGUGUUAAUUUCUUAAUAUCUAAGUUAUUUAUGCAGAGGCCCAGCACACAAACUCUCCGCCCAUAAAGAGUUAAAAACACAGUGAGACUGAACAAAAAAGAAUCCUUGCUGUGUUGGGCAUCUGUCUCUAUUUAUUGUAUUUUGAGAAAUAAGCAUUUUUAAGAAAUAAAUGUUUUUUGAUAAUAAAUUUUUUUUAACAGA